UGCUUGCAAUAGCUUCUCGGCGGACUUCAUGGAAAACCGGGGGUUCGAAUGAUACUAUUAACGCUAGGUACGUUUAUUUUAGUCGCGAGUUCGACGCUACGCGCAUGUACACGGACAUUGCUGGUAUCUGUUGGCCCCAAUCUAGGAACGGGAAGAUGCGCUGCCGACGAUGCUGGCUCCUAUCGUCCACAAGUACCGGCCUCCGGUCUAUUUCGUGCUUGGAUGUGAAGUCGUUGUCGCUAUCAACCACCGAUAGGCGCCCCCCAAUCGAUAUCCGUGCCGCAAUUCACGCGGGAACCUGGUUGUGGGAGUGCGGAGCGCCGAAUCUUUUUUUGGGGUGUGCGAACGAAGGAUCGGGGGCCGAUAUGCAGGUACGGUCUGGAGUAGAACAGCGAAACAAGAAUAGCGCUUCUGUGCCCGAAGGCCCGAUAUCUGAACCUCAAUACCGGAUGCGAAUUGAGUUAGAAAUAGCAGCGUUGAAACCGGGCGGUAUUGAGUGCAUGGUUGGUGGCUUUGUGUUUUCUAGAGUUGCGGGCUCAUUCCGUUGGUGGGUCGUUCUGUAGAGGCUCGAUCUGCGGUGAGAUUCACAUCGAUUGGAAGCGCCUGGCGUUACCUUUACCUACUUUUAUCUUCCUUCCGCUGCGAAUAGCACUACGUCCCUGACCGCAUUUUCCCU